AUGCUUCGGAAGAGGGAGACUUCUGAAGCGCAAAUUGCUGACUCGAUGGAUUUGAAACUGGCAGCCUUUCCACAAGCUUGUCAAGAACAGCGCGUACUACAGACCAAGUACAAGCGCAGACAGCAGGGAAAGACCGACUACUAUGCCCGUAAGCGGUUGAUCACCCAGGCCAAGAACAAGUACAAUGCGCCCAAGUACCGCCUGGUGGUGCGCUUCACCAACCGCGACAUCAUCAUGCAGAUCGUCACCUCGGAGAUUUCUGGUGACAAGGUCUUUGCUUCGGCCUACUCCCACGAGCUCAAGGCCUACGGCAUUACCCACGGUCUGACCAACUGGGCUGCCGCCUACGCCACCGGUCUGCUCAUUGCCCGCCGUGUCCUCAAGAAGCUUGGUCUCGACGAGGACUUCGCCGGUGUUGAGGAGCCCGAGGGUGAGUACACCCUCACCGAGGCUGCUGAGACCGACGAUGGCACCCGCCGCCCCUUCAAGGCCUACCUUGACGUUGGUCUUGCCCGCACCUCGACCGGUGCCCGUGUCUUCGGAGCCAUGAAGGGUGCCUCGGACGGUGGCAUCUUCAUCCCCCACUCCGAGAACCGUUUCCCCGGAUACGACAUUGAGAGCCAGGAGCUCGACACCGAGACCCUGAAGAAGUACAUCUUCGGUGGCCACGUCGCCGAGUACAUGGAGACCCUCGCCGACGACGACGAGGAGCGCUACAAGAGCCAGUUCCAGCAGUACAUCGACGAGGACAUUGACGCCGAUGGACUCGAGGACAUCUACACCGAGGCCCACGCCGCCAUCCGGGCCGACCCCUUCAAGAAGCCCGAGGGUGCCGAGGCCAAGAAGUCCAAGGAGGAGUACAAGAAGGAGUCGCUCAAGUACAAGACCAAGAAGCUCACGCUGGCAGAGAGGAAGGCUCGCGUCCAGGAGAAGAUUGCCGAGCUCCGCGAUGCCGAGUAA